UCGGCGCUCGGCGGGUUGUCCUGGCGCGGCGCGGCGCGGCCCGGCGGUGAGGUGCGGUGCGGUGCGGCCCGGCGCGAUGGUGAAGCUGACGGCGGAGCUGAUCGAGCAGGCGGCACAGUACACCAAUGCCGUGCGCGACCGCGAGCUCGACCUGCGCGGCUAUAAAAUCCCUGUUAUUGAGAACUUGGGUGCCACUCUGGACCAGUUUGAUGCAAUUGAUUUCUCUGACAAUGAGAUCCGGAAGCUGGAUGGGUUCCCUCUGUUGAGGAGGCUGAAAACUCUCCUGAUGAAUAACAAUAGGAUUUGUCGCAUUGGUGAAAACCUUGAGCAGGCUCUGCCCUGCCUGACAGAGCUCAUUCUCACCAACAACAACAUUGCUGAACUGGGUGAACUGGAUCCGUUGUCAACUAUUAAGUCAUUGACGUACCUGAGCAUUUUAAGGAAUCCUGUAACAAAUAAGAAGCAUUACAGAUUAUAUGUCAUCCACAAAGUUCCCCAGGUCAGAGUGCUGGAUUUUCAGAAAGUGAGACUCAAAGAGCGACAGGAGGCAGAGAAAAUGUUCAAGGGCAAACGGGGUGCACAGCUUGCAAAGGAUAUUGCCAGGAGAGCAAAAACCUUCAUCCCAGGCGCUGCUCUGCACUUUGACAAAAAGAAAGCUGGGCCCUCCCCGGGGGACGUCGAAGCAAUUAAGACUGCUAUAGCCAAUGCCACGACUUUGGCUGAAGUGGAGCGGCUGAAGGGCAUGCUGCAGGCUGGCCAGAUUCCCGGCAGAGAACGAAAAUCAGGCCCGUCGGAGGAUGCCGAGGAGGAAAUGGAAGAGGAUGCGGUUCCCAAUGGAUCCUAGGCCCCGGCUGGCCGCGGUCCGGCGCUUCUCCUUGCGGCGGC